AUGGAUGAAGCUGGAAACCAUCAUUCUCAGCAAACUAUCACAAGGACAGAAAACCAAACACCGCAUGUUCUCACUCAUAGGAGGAUGGGGCCCUGUCUGUCUUGUUCUCAGCUGUAUUCCCAGUAUCUGGGACUGUCCCAGACACACAGUAGCCCUCCCGUGGCCCCGGACCCUCCAAGGAGACAGCGGCAGGAGCGCACGGUCUACACUCAAAGCCAGCAGGAAGUGCUAGAAAUUUACUUUCAGAACGACCAGUAUCCGAACUAUGACAAGCGACUGACUCUGGCGAAGACACUCGAUCUCAAGGAGCACCAACUGCAGGUGUGGUUCAAGAAUCGCCGCGCCAAACUAGCUCGGGAGCGACGGCUCCAGCAGCAGCCGCAGCCCGUCCCUGGGCGGAGAGGCCGAGGAGCCCGCGCUGAGCCCCUAGUCCCUGCAGCCGCUGCCUCCGCCCCUCAGCCGGGCCUCUCGGGAAUCCUUCCAGCGGCGGAACCCACGAUCUGCAGCCUUAACCAGGCCUGGGGUGGCCCUGGGUGCAGAGCCCAAAAGGGCAUCCCAGAUGUCCUGGGUCCAGGCUGUGGCCCGAUCCCAGCCCCAAUCCGAGGCCCAGCUCAGGUCCCAGGCCCACUCCCUGGCCCAAUCCCAGGCCCAGCCCAGAUCCCAGGCCCACUGGCUGGUCCACUCCCAGGCCCAAUCCCAGGCCCAGCCCAGAUCCCAGGCCCACUCCUUGGUCCACUCCCAGGCCCAAUUUCAGGCCCAGCUCAGGUCCCAGGCCCACUCCCUGGCCCAAUCCCAGGCCCAAUUUCAGGCCCAGUCCAGAUCCCAGGCCCACUCCUUGGCCCAAUCCCAGGCCCACUGGCUGGUCCACUCCCAGGCCCAAUUUCAGGCCCAGCUCAGAUCCCAGGCCCACUCCUUGGCCCAAUCCCAGGCCCAAUUUCAGGCCCAGCUCAGGUCCCAGGCUCAGCCCAGAUCCCAGGCCCAAUCUCAGGCCCAGGCCCGAUCAUAGGCCAGAUCCCAGGCCCAGGCAGACCAGGAGGCCCAGGUCCCAUCUUAAGUCCUGGCCGGAUGCCAAGCUCAGGCUCACUUCCAGGCCCACCCCCGAUUUUAGGCCCAGGCCCAGGCCCAGGCUCAGUCUCAGCCCCAAUCCCAGGUCCAGGAUCAUUCCUAGCCCCAGCCCCAGUCCCCUUAUGGCCUCAGAGCCCCGAUGCCUCCGACUUCUUGCCAGACACCCAGUUAUUCCCUGAAUUCACAGAGCUGCUCCCACCCCUAGACCCCUUGGAGGGAUCCUCAGUCUCCACCAUGACCUCUCAGUACCAAGAAGGGGAUGAUUCUAUGGGCCAAAAAGACUCAGAGACUCAGUACCAAGAGGAAGGUGGCUCUGUGAAUGAAAAUCACUCAGGCCCCAGGUCAUUACUGGAUUUAUAG